CGAUCGAGGGGCUUAUAAGCGAGGACCACUCACGACCAUCCGUUUAACCUCUGUCUGUCGACCCUACCCCCUACCUCUCACCUCACACUCCAAAUACUUGCUCCAUCACGAUCUCACCAGUGUCUUCACUGUGAUGGCACCCUCGGUCUCUUCACUGCCGGUCCCCAUCUCUGUCUUGGUGAGUACUUCAAUCUGGCCUUGCCGAUGGACUCAAUGGUGUUGCUGUACACUGAGGACUCCAUCCACAGUGUUAGGGAGGGCAUCACCAGUCAGCGAAACUCCUCACUGUUACUCGCAUUGCUUGCAGAUGCCAUUGAUCGGAGGCAUGGAUGGAAGGGCUCAGGGAGGGGCUGAGGGAACAGGCAAUCUGAUUGCCCGCAGGGAGUCUGUGCGUCAGCACACCUGCACGCGAUGGCCAUUUAGGUCGCUGGGGUGACAGCCCACUCAUUCCCACCGUACCCAUUUCAGAUCCGUCACACUGUGAUGGGGUCCUGACUCAGCCAUGACCACACCAUCUGUUUUCACGGUCGCAG